GUGUGCUGCUACAAAAAAUGCAAGAAGAAGGAUAAAAAUUGUGAUGGUUUUUGUGUAAAGACCAAAAAGGAAUGCAAGGGCGGUAUAUUCACAGAAGGUGCCUGUAGUCGCGGGUGUUCUUGCUGUACACCCCAGUGCAAGCCGAAGCGCAAAUGCAAAGAUGGCUAUUGCGUUCUCAAGAAGAAGGACUGCACAGCACCAUUUUGCCAAACGGCUGUAAAAAGAAGCCCAAGGGGAAGGUGUUUCUGCUGCGUUCCAACCACGUCCACUACCACAACUACCACCGCCACUACCUCCACGACUGUAAAAACUACUACCACUACAGUAAAAGGAACUACCACUACACCAUCAGGAACUACCACUACACCAUCAGGAACUACCACUACACCAGCAGGAACUACCACUACACCAGCAGGAACUACCACUACACCAGCAGGAAAUACCACUACAACCGGCAGGAAAUACCACAACACCGGCAGGAAAUACAACUACACCAGCAGGAAAUACAACUACACCAGCAGGAAAUACAACUACACCAGCAGGAAAUACCACAACACCGGCAGGAAACAACUACACCAGCAGGAAAUACAACUACACCAGCAGGAAAUACCACAACACCAGCAGGAAAUACAACUACACCGGCAGGAAAUACCACUACACCGGCAGGAAAUACCACUACACCAGCAGGAAAUACCACUACACCGGCAGGAAAUACAACUACACCGGCAGGAAAUACCACUACACCGGCAGGAAAUACAACUACACCGGCAGGAAAUACCACAACACCAGCAGGAAAUACAACUACACCGGCAGGAAAUACAACUACACCGGCAGGAAAUACCACAACACCGGCAGGAAAUACCACUACGCCAGCAGGAAAUACCACUACACCGGCAGGAAAUACCACUACACCGGCAGGAAAUACCACUACACCGGCAGGAAAUACCACUACACCAGCAGGAAAUACAACAAGCAACAGCAUCCUCCCUGCUUUGAAUGCACGAGUCGCAUCUCUUCUUGACCUCCAGAGAAGUAUUGUUAAUGUAUCAAAAGAGAUGCAGACGUCACUAGAUAUUGUUAACAAUAUCAGCACAACAGUCAAUACCAGGAGACAUCGGCGAAACGUCGGCAUCCUCACAGCCCUGACCUCGCUCCUGGUCCAAGUCGAAGAGGCCACAAACCGCAACGACUCAGCGAACCUGACGGCCCUCGCGCAGGCAAUAAAAAUCCAGAGAAGUGACCUGGAGACGCUCGCCGCUAAUGUCCGGACAAACUCCAGCCUUGCCACUGAAAUAAAGGGCAGCGUUGCGACUACAAUCCAGAAAUUCCAGACAACAACAGCUUUAUUAAGGGAGAAGGAUAACCAGAUAAAGAGCGAGGUUGAUAUUCUGCAGCAACAGAUUUCGCAGCAGGGAGGAUCCACGGUCCUCGUCUCAACAGCCAACAUUCCGCUUGUGACAACAGCCAUGACCACGUCCACAAUCUCUUCCACAAAUAUCACCGCCAACUCCACGACUACACCGGCAGGAAAUACAACUACACCGGCAGGAAAUACCACUACACCGGCAGGAAAUACCACUACACCAGCAGGAAAUACAACAAGCAACAGCAUCCUCCCUGCUUUGAAUGCACGAGUCGCAUCUCUUCUUGACCUCCAGAGAAGUAUUGUUAAUGUAUCAAAAGAGAUGCAGACGUCACUAGAUAUUGUUAACAAUAUCAGCACAACAGUCAAUACCAGGAGACAUCGGCGAAACGUCGGCAUCCUCACAGCCCUGACCUCGCUGCUGGUCCAAGUCGAAGAGGCCACAAACCGCAACGACUCAGCGAACCUGACGGCCCUCGCGCAGGCAAUAAAAAUCCAGAGAAGUGACCUGGAGACGCUCGCCGCUAAUGUCCGGACAAACUCCAGCCUUGCCACUGAAAUAAAGGGCAGCGUUGCGACUACAAUCCAGAAAUUCCAGACAACAACAGCUUUAUUAGGGGAGAAGGAUAACCAGAUAAAGAGCGAGGUUGAUAUUCUGCAACAACAGAUUUCGCAGCAGGGAGGAUCCACGGUCCUCGUCUCAACAGCCAACAUUCAGGUUGUGACAGCAG